CCGCUCCGCUCCGCGCCGUUCCGCGCUCCUGCCCGCCUCGCUUCGCCUCUCCUCUCCUCUCCCCGCCGCCUCAGGGCGGCCCCGCCGCCGCCAAGACGCCGCGGGCCGUGCUCCGAGUGAAGAAUGGGGCGGCCAAGCUCGCCAAGCCGCCCGCGGCUGCGGGCGAGACCCCCGGCGGCGCCCCCGGACCCGGGCUCUUCAUGGAGCGGUCGCAGAGCCGCCUCAGCCUCUCCGCCUCCUUCGAGGCCCUGGCCAUCUACUUCCCCUGCAUGAACAGCUUCGACGAGGAGGACGCGGAUGGUGAUGGUCGGAGACUGAAAGGAGCCAUCCAGAGGAGCACAGAGACUGGCCUGGCUGUGGAAAUGCCCAGCAGGACCGUCCGUCAAGCCAGCCACGAGUCCAUCGAGGACAGCAUGAACAGCUAUGGAUCAGAGGGAAACUUGAAUUUCAGUGGAGUCCAUCUGGCAUCUGCUGGGCAGUUUAGUGACUUCCUGGGGAGCAUGGGCCCUGCACAGUUUGUUGGCCGUCAGACCUUGGCCACCACCUCGAUGGGGGACGUGGAAAUUGGCUUGCAAGAGCGAAAUGGGCAGCUUGAAGUGGAUAUCAUUCAGGCUCGAGGACUGACACCAAAACCCGGCUCCAAAACACUGCCAGCUGCUUACAUCAAAGCUUACCUGCUAGAGAAUGGCGUGUGCAUUGCGAAAAAGAAGACAAAAGUGGCUCGCAAGUCUUUAGACCCUUUGUACAAUCAGGUGUUGCUGUUUGCUGAGAGUCCCCAGGGCAAAGUAUUACAGGUGAUAGUCUGGGGAAACUAUGGACGCAUGGAGCGCAAGCACUUCAUGGGAGUCGCCAGGGUUCUCCUGGAAGAACUGGAUUUGUCAUCUUUAGCAAUCGGCUGGUACAAGCUCUUCCCAACUUCCUCGAUGGUAGAUCCCACCACAGGCCCGCUCCUGCGUCAGUCCUCACAGCUUUCCCUGGAGAGCACAGUGGGACCCUGCUGUGACAGGUCUUAGUGAGUAAGGAAGGGGGAACUGCUUUUGUUUUUUAAACAUGCUGUCAAGGUUUUGUUUGCUGGAACUCUGACCUCAAGCGCAAUGCAUGUUCAAUCAGUUCUUGUGGAGCUGGAAGAGGAGGAUAACCCAGUGACCUUAGACAGAAGACGAGGGGGAGGGCACUGUGCCCUCUCCGUCCGAGGAGGAGGUGCCAUGGGGCAUGAGUCCUAGUUGUCAAAUUAGACAUACACCUCUUGUUUCACUUCUCUCGCUGUCAUUCUUGGACCCUUGUUUCAGAUCAAUAUUAACCCUGGAAAGUUGCAGCAUUCGAAAGAAUUUGGGGGGAGCAAGGAAUUAAUUUCUCUUAGCUGUGCGUGUUAGAAAUUUCUAAUAUGGAUUCUUUCACAAGAAAGUACCUGAAAAAUUUAGAGGUCAUCAUCUGGCCUAAAAAGAGCAGGAACGGAAAGUUUAAGAGGAAGCAUUAGGUCUUUUUAUAAUGUCUUUCUUUCUGAGAGGAAGAAGAAGAAAAAAACCUGCAACUCUUUCUUUAGAAUCAGUUCCCUGUCACUGAGUCAUGUUAGCUGUAACACUGUCGUUGCUGUGUUUUCAAACUGUGCCAAAUUACCAGCAAGUGUCUUUACUGCAUUACGUGUCUAACACUGCUGAUGAAGCAUACUUGGUGGGAGAGCAAGUAGCGCCUACUUAGAGCAGACAGUUUAAACAGAGUUCGAGUUUAGCAGGCUAAUUAACAACAAUUUUGCUCAGAAAAAACCCCAAAACACUAGAAGUGGGAGCUGAACAUCACACUUGCAGCUUGAGGUGUUUUGUAUUGUCAGAUAAGACAUUCUGCAAUUUGCUGGCUCCCUUACUUGUUGCUGUGCAUCCUUCAGUCAUGAUGUCUUCUAUCUCCUGCUUUUUUCCUUCAUCUCCUUGGUACUGAUACAUAUCUGCUGGAGAUGCUGCCCUUCCUUCCCAGACCUGAAACAUGACUGCUUUAUUCUGCCAUGGGAGAGAAAGUGGGGGGUUCUGGGGGUGCAGAAGAAAGAAACCUCAGUUUGCCAUCUGAGAAGAAGGUGCUGGAGAGCCCGUAACCUUCCCUGUGGAGAGAGGGGAGCUUUAGGCAGUCUUGGUACUACACAGGCAUUGUCAAGUGUCCUGCAAGAGGAGAUGUGUCCCCAAAGUACAGAGAGGUAGUGAGUGAGGCAUGUGAUGACACAGUGGUCGCAGCACGUGUGUUCUGCUCAUUAAAUGAGUAAAGCACAUUUGCUGAGCUGUGGCAGCUGCUGCCAGCAGAGCCAUGUGCUGGAGGAAGUGCUCUGGAUCCUUCAGACAAUUAAAUUAUCCAGAAUCACAGAGAAUCUCCAGAGAUUUUCUGUUGAUAGCUCUGUUUUGGCUAGGUUUUGUCUUAGUUCCUAAAUGAGGAUUUGAUGACUGCUGUCCCAGAAUAAACUUUUAGAGAUGUUUUACUUUGUGGUUUAAAAGUGAAGGUCCCAUGUCCCAUGUAGGAAGGAACAGAUUCUUGGCCUGUCAUAGAGAAAUACUGAGCAUUUAUUUCUGCAUGUGGACCUCAGCUUUUUUAGAGUAAAAGCAUGAGUGUUGAGUGGAUGGUAAAAGCAGUUGCUUUUGGUCCUAGCUUGUCUAUGGCAUUUUAAAUUAUUUUGAGAUAAAUUACAGGAUAGAUGCAAAAAUUAUAUAGGCCUUACAAUAAUCUGUAAAAAAUUAUAUAAUAUAAAGGAGAGGGAAGGAGGACAAGGGACAUAGAAUGACUAAUUUUUUGAGUCUUCAGUGGCAAAAGCCUCAACAUUUCAGAUAAAUCUCUUCAUUUCCUUGAUCAAAUAUGUCUCUGGCCUCUCACUAAUUAUUUUUUCUAAUGUAAUAGGCAAUUUCUAUAUAUUAGCUGAAGAAAGUUUGUUGCAUGCUGGUCAAACUAUGUUGUGGCGCUCUCUCUUUUAUUUUUAUUUUUCAAAAAAAAGCACAUUUACUGUAAUUCAAGUCAGCAUCUUUUCCUCUUGGUAUGUAGUGAGUACUAGGCAAUAUUGUACAAUAUGUGUAUGAACUAGAAUAGAUUAGGUAGAUUUAGUGGUUUGUAGCACUGGAUCUUUUAAUAACUAUGACUUUAAAAGGACUGUGGGGUGCUCCAGGUACAUGCCAGGCCUGGCAACAGGGCUUCUGUCUUAAGUAAUGCCGAAAGCUUUGUAUUGGUACUUAGUUUGGACAUUAUCUACCAGUAAGAGCUAAGUUAAUCCUGAGUUUCCUGUGCCCAGUAAGACAAAUGCAGCGUUUUUUGCAGUUUUUAAUGGUGAGUAGGAAACUAUAUAUGCCAAAAAUAUUUCCCCAGAAAACUUUGUUUAAAGACUGUCUGUCGAAAAGCUCAGUUCCUGUGUGCCUGGCAGAUGCAACUUGUCUCUGUUUCCUGCCCCUCUGAGAGCUCUGCAGGCUCAGUGAUGAUCAGUUCAGUUACCACAGGACUCCUUAACACCGAGGACUGUCUUCCGUCUGGUUUUAAUCAUGCUGAAGGGUCACUGUCAGGGUGAAAUAAAGAAGUUAUGGUUCUAGUUGUGUUAUUUUUGUUAACAUCUCCAGUUCUGUAGUUUGGAAGCAGUUUUGCAGUCUGCUCUGUCCGAUUUUCUUCUGCAUUUUUUGCGUGGUUGAUCGUGGUCCAGUGCUUCUCGCUUUUUUUUACUGACUCCAAGUCCUGUUUCUCCCCAGUAAGUGAACACUGCCAUCCCUGGCUGCCAAGCACAGCACAGUCACAUGGACUGGCAAGUGCAGGUGACCUUCCUGCACAAAGCAGACUCACAGGAGCCCUUCUGCGAGUGCCCACGGGGCACAGAGUGAGGCUGGGGGAGUUGCAUGGUACCCCACAGUUCAAAUUCUUGCUUCACUCAUAACGCAUGAUUCCUGCACUGGCCAUGGUGUAUUGCAGUCAGAAAAGAACUCUGCUAGUUGCCCAUCCAUUUAAGACUCCCAGUGUAGCAUCCAAGACAAGUCUCAGGCUUGGAAUAGCCUAUUUUUAUAAAGCCUAACCCACUUUUCCCCAAAGAAUUUGGCUGGCCAGUUUCUGUCUAAGGUGAUGUGAUGUGAGAGUUGGGAUUACCAGUGUGGUUGUGUAUAAAGCAGCAUUUUGCCACAGUGAUGAGCAGCUGAAAACUGAACUUUUGUCCCCUUUGCAAUUCCUGGCUGAGUCUUUUCCUGUGCCUGAGUCUUGCUGUAGGUUACAGUCAGGGAGGGAGAGAGCAAGAGCAGGAGACUUAAAUAAAAGAAAAAAAAGGUGUCGUGGUAUUUUUGGUUGGUGAAUGAUUAUGAGGGAUGAGACUGAGGAGAGAUAAAUACCUGCCUAACUCAGGAUUGAUUCUCCGUUCCUUGUGCAUGAACUGCUACAUUGUAAGGGUAAUGGGAGCAUUGCUGGCCAAAAAACCCAUGGAGAGCCAAUCCCUAAAUGAUACCUGAAUUAUGGAAAACAAAGAAAUCUUGAUGCUGAGAGCAGAAUGAUCUCUCCCCAGUGGGAAUCCCCUCCACACAGGGAGAGCAGCCUCGCACGUGGCUUUGUCCUCUUUGUGCUCUAAGCAAAAAGCAGCCAUGACCAUGAUCCUGGUUUGUUCAGGAAAAAAAAAAUGUGAUAUUUUCCCAGUCUCCUGGUGUUUCUUUCCCUUUGCCCCAACACAGCUGGGAUGGCCAAGGCCCUCACUCUGCAAUUCAAUCCAUGGGUCCUCAUCGUGCAGCUGGAGCCUCCCUUUGCACUGCAGGCACUGUGGGCAGGGUAAGGGCCAGCAUUUCUUGGCCAUGGAUUGUUUCAAAGGACAUUGCAGAAUUAUUUUCUUUGAGUGAAAAUAUGUAUUUAUUAUUCCUAGCUACCGGAUCCUUUAUCAUUGUACUGUUCUAAAUUUGCAGGUCUUCUGGAGUAUGAAUAUCACAAGUUCCUGUAAAGGAGCUGUUUUUAAGAUGUUGAGGCAGUUAACAGAAUCUCAACCUAAGCAUGUUUAGUAAUGUUUAGACAGCAAGACAACUUUUUUAUGAAACUCAUUUUAAGUUAGUUUAUUACAUGCUGUUGGUAAUAUUUUAAAACAGGAAAAAUAUUUUUCUUUAAAGACAAAAUGAUAUGUAUGUUUUUUAACAGGUAACAUAAUUUAGUGUUUUCAAAAAUGUUUGAUGUUCUUGGUAUGAAGUUUACUCAUUCUUUUGAUUUCUAUGUUCCUUGUUAUAUUUUAUCAACUUUUUUCCAAAAGAAAAGAGGCAUAUGUAAAUAAACACCAGAAAAGAGUCCUAUAAGAAAUUCUGUUCAAACUGGCCAUAAAAUUAUUAGUAAAUAUUUGUUAUUGUUCAUUAACUCUCAGCUACUUUGUUGAAAGAAUAGAUGUUGUAUUUUCAAGAUGAGAACUACUUAGCUAGUUUUGUCAUAAUCCUGUACUCUGUAUAAAAAUCUUUUUAUAAACAAAGUCUAAUAGGCUACCAAGCAAUAAUAUAUUCCAUUGGGUGUGCACAGAUCGUGACUUGCAGGCCGUAGUACAUAUUGUUGAUACAGUUUCUAAUUGUCUUCAAUCUGAACAACAUCACUUUUGAAAAAGGUCCAUAUUGACUUUGAUUGUAAAAAACAGAGACUGGGCUGUUGCCUUGUGAGAUAUAUUCAUUCUAUAGACUUCUCUGUGAGUGUCUGUGCCCAUCGACAUGAGAUCUCUCUUAGGUGAAGAAAGAAACAGCUGUAGGUGACUUCAUACUACAGAGGUAAAAAAUAGUUUCAGUAUAAACUUCAUGACUGUUUCAAUCUCCUGUUUUUCUUAGGCUAUCUAGUAUUUGUAACUUGACGAGAAUGGUUCCCACUGCCAUUGUAGCCCUGAUAAAGCAAAAAAGCCUUUGCACUCUGGGGCCACUGGAGUUCUGCCUGACAGCUGCCUAUUUUCCUCGAGAUACUGGGGCAGGCUAAAGGGAGGGUUUUUUUCAGAGCAGCAGAUUGGGCUGCUAUUCUUUAAAGGCUCUGUGGGUUAUUUUGUCCAUUUCAUAGGUGGUAUUUGUCCAUUUUGUUACAAAAUUCCACCCAAGGCAGAGAGGUUGCACCUUUGCAGGGGAUCACAGGGGACCAAGGUGUAAAACAGGCACAGGCUGUUCUGUGCCUUGCUUCAGAAAUUUGCUAGUGCUGGGCUCUCUGAUUUUUCCAAAGUGGCAGGAUCAGGAUACUGGAUUUUAAGUCAGCUCCAUCAUUGAUGCAGUGAUAGAAUAAAAGAGCUUCAAAACAGCAUCCCAGUCCAUUGCCUGUGGAUUCCUCCCAGCAUUUACCACAGGACAAGUGUCCAUGUUGUUCUCAAGAUUGCCAGGCUGCUGGCUGUGCAGGCAGCAGGUCCCAGUGGUGCUGGGAGCCCCAAGGAAUGCUGGAAGAAUUCCUGGUUUUUUUGUGAAAUGCUUUGAAAAGAGAGAGAGAGAGAGAGGUGUGAAUGCCAAGUGCCAUCAGUAGAGGAGUCCAGGGCCUAUUGUGACCUGGAGGGAGCAUCUAAAAUGAAAUUGCAGCUGCCAGAUUUGAGCCAAGCAUUUAGAAAAGAGUGUGAUCAGUGAAAAGAGAAUGAUCAGUGAAAGGCUUUUUGUGUUUACCCCAGUGCACACCUGCCCAGGUGUGUGUCUGUGAACACAGUAAUUCCACAGGGAGUUUGCAAGUGAUUAGGUGUUCUCAGAAAGUGGCUUCAGCUCUCACUGCCAGACUCCUCUGCUCAGUGGCCACGUCCCAGGCACCAAGCAGCCUCACGUCCACCCCCAGCUGCUCACCCAGGACAGCAGCAUCACACUCCAGCUCUUCCCACAGUAUAGGCCCCCCCUGCCCUCGCUUCCCCCUGGUAGCUCCUUUGAUCCUGGUGGAGGAGAGGAACUGGGAAGAGUUUCUUUGUAGCAUUUGGUUCUUUGCGCUUCAGUGGCUGAAACAGAAGGACCUUGCACCAGCCCUUUCCAGAGCACCAGCAAACAGAGGUGGUGACCCAAGGACUUUCCCUUUGUGACUUUCCAGUAGCUAAAAUGGCAGCCAAAGCAGUCCAGCUUGGCCAGGUCCAUGGACAGCCUUGGCAUUUACUCUGGGCACGUUAGGUGGGCUGAGCCCCCUGUGUAGGGGCAGGGAAGGGCUGUGUCUGGCAGAGAGGCCAUGUGGGCACACAGCUGUGCCCAGGCAGCUCUGAGCUCCACUCACUGAGCCAUGGUGGGAGCAGAACCAACCUAGAGAACGAAUGAGGCACACCUUGCUGAAGCCAUCCCACAAGCUUUGCACAAGCUGGUUUUUGUAGUUGCUUGGGCACCAAAUGUUAGGAUAUCUGCCCGUGGGGGACUCCAGGUCCCACUAAAUGUCAGCCUGGAGCUUCAAAUGCUUCAGCAGUUUUUUCUUUGGGGCUGUUGUUUCUGACCCAGUGCUGCACACUGGUCCCUUCUUUGGUGAUUCCAUCUUCUUGACCUGGAGCUGGUUUUGGCUUUGGAGCCAGGGAAGGUGAGGUUUGGAGGAUGAAUCUUAAGGCAUGUUCCCCUAGCCUCACCACACUGGAAUUGUCUUCCUUUGGCUCCCUGCAAGCUGCUCCCUGCAUGGUGGAAGGGCAUCCUGGGGAUGCAGUGCCUCCCCUGAGACCCCCUCACGCAGCACUGCCAUGGCCUGCCACCCACCAGGGAUGCCCGUGUCCUGCCAACGUUUUGUAGCAGUCCCAUGUUCAAACUGCUUCCUUUCCCAUCCUUGGAAGGAGCCAGGGGUCUUCUGCAGGGGCUGGGCAGCCCGGGCAGGCGGGAUGUGCCAUCACUGACAGCCAGGGGAAAACAGGGAGCUGCAUCUGGACUGGGAGAAGGGGAGCUCCCAGCGAGCUUUCCACUGCCUUCCCUUUGCUUUCCCCAGCACCCUCUGCUCCCUCCAUGGGUCCCCACUUCCCUCUGGACACGAGGCCUUAUUCCAGCCCGCGGGGACUGAGGCUGCCCACGGCAUCUCUUUGCACUGAGCAUCCAUCCCCCGCUGCCCGCCAGGAGCCCCGGGCGGUGCGGCAGAGCUGGCCUCUGCUCGGGGAUGGGGCACCCCCAGCCCAUCCCUGCCCCCACCUGCCACCGUGCUGGAACUCUGCCUUGUUCCCCACUGCCAGGGCCUGGCCACUGUAGGGAAAUCUGCUUUCACAGGUUGAACCUUUUUACUUCAUUAAUUGGUCCACAAAACCCAGUAACUUUGCAGGCGCACUACAACACUCCUCUUGCUUUUCCCUAGGAGUGGGGGCAGCUGAGAUCUGCUCUUUUUGGCCUCUGUAACUCUCCAAAUCUUUCUGGAGGUUUUUAACAUCAUUUGGUGAGAUGUAAUCUCUGUGGAGCCAGAGGGAACACAGGCAAUGGAGCUGGGCAGCCUGCUUGCCCAGGUGGCGAGUGGCUGGCGAGGUGCCUGGGCUGCCUUGGGUGGAAGGUGGGACACCAGCCACUCGUCUGUAGUCAGGAGAGGAUUCUGCUAUACUUUUUUCCUGUCUGUAGGUUUUAUUCAGACAAUAUGUAAUGAAUAAGUGAUUUACAAUUCAGUGUUAAGCUAAUGAAAACGUUGAUAAUGGUGAUAAUAAAACCUUUUUUUUU